GGCUGCAGCUGUGCAGAUUUGGGACCGACUUGGUUAUGUUUCCUCACCAAGUGCGGAUUUGAUCACAAUGGAUGGGGUGAAUGUCUUCAUAGCUUUUCAGAAGGUUUACUACCCUCUGCUGUGCAUAAUGGGAAUUCCAGCCAACCUCUUCACCUUUUACAUGAUCCGCUUCCGGCAAUGCGGCAUGUCCAAGACGGCAACCUUAUACCUGAGUUGCCUCGCUCUGAUGGACACCUUUUACUUGGUGUGGGUGAUCCUUCUAGAUCUUUGCCUUGUUUUCCUGCAGGUGGAACCUUUCUGGCACGUGCAACCGUGGUGUGGCAUAAUGUGUUUCCUGCAGUACGGUGCCCUCUACAGCUCGUCCUGGAUAGUCGUGAUGUUCACCAUUGAGCGCUACUUGGUUCUGAGCAUCACAAUGGGAAAACAACGGCUCCAUCAGGCAUGCACCGCUCUAUUCAUCUGCGUGACUGUUGUGCUGCUGUCUCACAUAGCAUCAGUGCCCAUGAGCUGGAUCAACACCGUCACACCAGUUAACGUCACGGUCGACGGACAAAAUGUCACUAUGUUACGCUGUCAUUAUAGAGAAGCCAAAUUCACCACCAUUCUGGUCUUGGUCACCACUUUUCUCUCAGGUGGAAUUCCAAUCAUUCUCGUCAUCAUUUUCAACUCACUGAUUGUGUUUCACCUGAGCAGGUCCAGUCAGUUGUUUACCAAGGAGGAGCGGAGGGUCAUCAGGGGUGCAAGGAAGCGUGGCGUUGUUCGACGCACCAUUAUUGUACUUGGGACGGUCUCAGCGUCAUUUGUGAUACUGAGCCUUCCUCGAUUUGUCACGUAUUGCAUCCUUCGUACUAAAUACAACUACACAGAGUUUGACCGCAACGACUACAGCAUCCCUAUAAACAUCAUUAGUGAUGUGGCCAACAUGUUGCAGAACUUAAACUCAGCCACCAAUUUCUUGUUGUACUGUAUGGUCAGCAGGAGCUUUAGGCAGGAGCUUGGUAACACACUGACCUGUCAGGCUAAAAGCAAAGAGGUGGGCUCACUCCUAAACCAGACUACUAGGUCAGUGAAAGUCUUCUCAGUGGUUGAUCAGAAAGAAACACUUGUCAUAGAUCCUGUCCAUGCUGUCCUUACAAAGCUAAAGAGAACUGAAGGCAGUUAAGCCUGGGUGAGGAGGACUUAAAAAGAGUACAUUUCUUAUUAUGGUGUUUUGGAAUGCUGUUCUUUGGAUUUUUGGCCCAGAUGUGAACACUAAUUGAAAUGCUCUUUGAACCAGGAAGUUGCCAUCCAUCUCGAGACAACAAUGAUCCACAAGUGGCCUACUUUCAGACAUGCUCGAUAGUCAUUCCGACUUGAGAUAAGCCAAUAUUAUGGAGUAUAAUUUGUGUUUACUGUAUACUCACUUCAGGGGUUUGGUUCUUUUAAAGAGGACUCAACAUAAUUUAAGAAUCACUAUUGGAAGUUAAAGGGUUGCUCAACUUUGAAGACUAUAUAUUUUCAUUACUUUAAGUAUCCCCUCGAAUGUGUCUGUAAAGUUUCAGCUGAUAAUACACAACAGAUUAUAUUUGGAUUAUAUGAUGUUGAACAUGGCUAUUUGUGGCUGCAAUUAAUGUUUUGUGUGUGUGUCUCUUUAAAUGCAAAGAAAGCUUCUGUUCCCCUCCUCGUAUGCAAAGUAAGGUGUAGAGCGCUUACACAUGUGCUUGGACUACAUCAAAACAUGCGUCUCUGGUAGAAGAUUGAACUACGUGCUUAUAUGGCGGAAUCUGUGAGCGGUUAUGGUUGGGGCAUAAUCAAUGUGACAUCACAUUGAUAGGGGAUCCCCAACAGCCUGUUUUGUGUAACUGUUGCGGUUUAAAGGAGAUUACACAAAGAAGAAGAGAUGGAUUUGUAUAAUAACAGGAUUAUUCUGAACACACACUGGCAACUCAUUUUCUGCUAGAAACACAUUUAAAAGUGCAUUUUCUAGGAUGGGGUGCUUUAAAACUCAACAUGUAAAAAUCAUUUUAUCCUGUAGAGGCCGCCAUUAUGUUCUGUAUGCAGUGCAUUCUGGGUCAAUGAUGUGCAAA